AUGCAACCACUUGCUCGUUCUGUCCCAAGGCUUUUGUUUAAAUCAAUUGGGAACACCUCAGCUUCCCGGUCCAUUCAUUUAUCGAAACGUCCUUCUUUUAGUCCGUCAAUCUGUCUACAAUGUAGAAUUAAGACGCAGAAACGGUACUUUGCCGAACCACCCAAAUCUACAACAACAUCAGAUACCCCCGCAAAUCCAUCACAAGCUGUCCCUUCCGAGCCAUCGAAAAACGCCGGAGAUGUUCCUCCGUCAGAGCUCCCAUCUGUGGAUGAGGGACGCCGAAGCGCAGCCGCGAAGAGAUUGUCACAUUUAAUGGACCAUUUGCAAGGCAACAUCUUCAUAGCAUCUCAGCGCAUAAACGAUUUAACGGGUUACUCUGGUAUAGAGGCGCUUAAAGUUCAAAUCACAGAACUAGAGAAACGGGUUCAGGAUGCCCAAGAAUUGGUACGCAACUCGCGAAAUGCGUACAAAACCACAGUGGCAGACCGAGCCGCGACACAACGAGAAGUUACUGGUCUGCUAGCUCGCAAGGACACAUGGAAUCCGGCAGACUUGGAAAGAUUUACGACAUUGUACCGUAUGGAUCAUAGUAAUGAACAAGCAGUUCAGGAUGCGGCAACAAAGUUGGCGGAUGCGGAGAGGGAAGCAGAGCAUGCUGCUAGUCGAUUAAGUUCGAGUAUUCUCAGUCGCUAUCAUGAAGAGCAGAUUUGGAGCGACAAAAUAAGGAGGAUGAGUACGUGGGGAACUUGGGGAUUGAUGGGUGUCAAUGUUUUGUUGUUCCUGGUAUUUCAGUUCGGAUUCGAGCCUUGGAGAAGGAAGAGGUUGGUCCGCGGGUUUGAAGAGAAGGUUCUUGAGGCAUUGGAAAAAGAGAAGAUUCUGGCACGCCAUUUCAAUACCGAAAAUCCGGCGAUUGCGAACGAAGAGGUAGUCAAUGAGGCUGUGGCUUCUGCAAUAGAGCCCGCUGUGGAAGAGGACCUUGCAAGUACAAUCGGCAGCGAGCCAGCAGUGGAGACGUUGACAUCCCCAAUAUCCGAAGAAACUUCCAACCUCGAUGCAGAAGAAGCUGCUGCAAUGGAUGCUGCAGAAAUACACAAACCGUUCGAUUACCACCAGUUGAAAGAUCCUGAAACGUGGAAAACCGCAGCGAAUACCUGCAAAGAAGCAGCGGAAGACUUAUUCAGCGAGCGUAAAAUUUCGCUACCGAAGAAAGAUGUAACAAUAAUUGCAUUAGAAGGGGCGGCCACCGGAGCUGUCAUAGUAGCUAUCAUCGCCACUCUCCUACGCCCUGCUAUAGGACGGUAA